AUGAACUCCAUUAAGACAAUACAAGGAAUUGCUAUCCUGCUGCUGCUCACCACCGGCUCCAGCCCGCUAGUGCACUCGCUGCGUGCCACCCCUCUCCACUUUGGUGUUGCCCGCAACGCCGACGGCGAUGGCAAAAUAGUGAUAUACGCACAAGAUGAGCAGGGCACCCUGCAGGACAAGCACAAGGACGCGAGCGGUCAAUCGCCUGAUAGUGCGCCCGAAAAAACUUCGUCACAAGAAAGCGACUUGGAGAAGGAUAGCCGCAAAUUGCCAGACUACCUUUACUCAAAUGCGAUACCCGUAAUGGAUGAUGAACAGAUUAAGUAUAUGUUGCCCAACAUUGGCUACCCGAUUUACAGUGGUUCAACACCCAACACUGCUGCUAUACUGGAGAACCGUCUGACGAAUGACAUGCGCCGCAAUUAUCCCUAUUACGAGAAUGCUUUUCAACGCUGGUCAUUAGCCGAUCGCGUGCAUCUCGGUUUUAAUUUGAAUGGCAACACGGGACUAAAUUUACUAACGUCGACGGGGCAAAUGCCAAAUGGUGUUAUGAGUCAAGAAAAUAAUGGACUACAGCCUCCCGCAGCUAUACUGCCUGUGGCAGUGGUGGGUCCUCCUGGUCCACCAGGUCCACCCGGACCGCCGGGUCCCCGGGGCUUUACUGGCGCGACAGGAUCUACGGGGAGGCCGGGAGCACAAGGACGCACUGGACUGCCUGGUCCACCAGGUCCGCCCGGUCCUCCAGGUCAGCAGAUGCCCCUUGGUCUAAACCAGAAUCCCAAUAUUUGGUAUGCCUCCAAUGCCAAGCCGCUGCUUCCGUUGUACCAAAAUGAGCGAGAAUAA